AUGGAUAUCAACUCUACUUUUAUUGAAAAUAGAGCAAUCAAAGUUGCAAUAUUACCAAUCGGUGAUAUAUCAACUGAUAGUUUUAGAGAGUAUUCCAGUCUCAUCAAGACAUUAGGUAUCAUAGAACUAUCUGGUAUAACUAGAGAUGCAAAAGAAUCACGUGUACUUGAAAAGAUAAAUUGGGUAGAUGGACAUAUGUUAUUGAACUUUGUAUCACCAAAUACUGCACAGUCAUCGGAAUGGGAGGACAUAUUGAUUUACAAGAGAAUAUUCGGUGUGAUUGGUGUGGUAGAUUGUAAGAGAUCGCGUGAUCUCGCUGCUACGAAGCAGUUGUUUGAAGAGGCGAUCGGACCUUAUCGCUCGGCAGUGGCUACCAUCUGUUAUGCAUUCGAUCCACUCGACGAACAACAGGAUCUCGAACGUGGCAAGUUUGUUAUGAUUCCCAAUGCCGGUGAUAAGAAGCAUCUGCUAUUCUACCUCUCGACACUACUCUUUGACUUUUCCUAUCAACUGCUCAGACAUUUCGAAAAGAUGGUAUCAGAGUCUGACGUUGCAUCGACACAAUCAUACAUAUCGACACCACUCGAAAGUGUAAUGUCUUGGGACGAAGUAUCACGUGCAAAAAAGAGAAAACCAGGUAGAUCUGCCAAGUGUAAAGGUGACUAUUGUCUUUUAGCAGGUUCACCUUUAGAUGCCAUUAAAUUUUAUGAUCAAAGUAUUGAAUUAUCAAAAUCAAAUAAUGAUUAUGAAUGGAUUGCAGCAUCUUAUGAAGGACAAAUCUCUGCUAUUCUUUCUAAACGUAAUCAAGAAUUUCAUUCACAGAAUCAAAGUAUUAGUCCAACAUCGGUUGGUCCUAAUGCACAGUUACAAUCAGUGGCAGACAGCCAAUCGUAUGAGGAUCAACAGAUUCUGACGAUGGCAACAGAGGCACUCUCUUGCUACAAGAAGAAACAAGCAUUGAACUUCGAGAUUGAGCUGACUAUGAAGAUGGCAAACUAUCACAUCUCCAUGGAGAGAAAGUUGGAGGCAUCCGACUUGUUGGUGGCCGUCUACGAUUUGACGUUCGGACUGCCACUUCCAGAGAAGAUCUCUACGAUCUGUUCGAUUGCACUCGCCUACUACUCAAUGGGAUUCAAACGAAAGUUUGCUUUCUUUAUUCGUGAAGCUGCAUUCCUGCAUAACAAACGACCGGAAUCCUGGGAGAAGAUCAACAAUCUGCUACAGAUAUCAACGAAAUUCUUCCAAUUGGAAGAUCUCUUUCCACUGCAGAUCAGUAGUUUCCUUGAUGAAAAGAAUAAAACCUACAACUAUUCAAUGUCGACUAUCACCAACCAGGCUGCCUCUGUAAAGAAGCAGUCUUCGCGAUCUCGUGGCAACGGUGGUUCGUCCAAAUCGAACAGCAAGUUUGGUGGAGGCACCGCAGGCAACAACAUGGCAGCGACAGUCAAUUCAUCGGGACGUACUUCAUCGGCUUGGCAAACGAGAAUGCCACCACUGUCAACCGAGCGAAGAAAAGAAGGUUGGUUUAUCAUCCAACGAUACCUUUUAUUCAAUUUGAUCUCGACUGCUUCCAAUCUGCUCGAUUCUCUGAGCAUCUGUAAAUACAUCAUCUAUCUGCUCAGAACACAACACAAAUUACUUCCAGUUUCCAAACAAAUCGAUUUCCAAUCGGAUCUACUUCAUCAUUCUCGUGCCAUUUCCACCAGUAUCAAUACCAAUGUUCAUAUGAACAUCUUGGGAUUCCCAAUGCUCGUCAAACUCACACCACUACCACACCCAGAUUAUCUAGUUCCACAUUCACGUCAUAUAGAGAAUAAUCAACAAAAAGAUAAAUUCUUUAUUUAUUCUCCAUAUGAAAGAGAAAAAGUACAAAAGAAACAAAUGUUAUGGGUUGAAGGUGAAUGUAAUGUAUUAUUGACAUUGUCAAAUCCGUUUGCUUUUGAUAUACUAGUUCAAAGUGUAUCGUUAUCAACUGCAGGUGUACCGUUUGAGAGUUAUCCAUUGUCAUUCAAGGUAUUGUCACUCACUGAAAAGAUGGAUAUUAUCAUUAGUGGUCGUGCAUUGAAACCAGGUCCAUUGAUUAUCAAAGGUGUCUAUAUUAGAUCGUAUAAUCUAUUGUCGGAGCAUCCUAUCAAUCAGCAGGGUGAACCAAUCACAAUUCCAGAGUACGAGGAAUUGAUUCGUCGUGAUGCCUACAAGGUGGAGUUGGAUGCACCCGUUGUCAUUGACGACGAACGAACACUCAACAAAAUCACCAUUGUUCCCAAGCUUCCACUGCUCAACGUAUCGGUACCAUCGUUUGGAAGUACUGUAUCGCUCUUCACCGGUGAAUACCAAUCGUUCCCUUUCAUAUUUGAGAACAUUGGCGAGUUACCGAUUGAUUCAAUACAGCUGACACUGACCGAUCUGGAAAAGUCUGCCAAGAAAGUGAUUCCAAAGAACUAUACAUUCGAUGAAGAAGAUGAACUACCUGCAUUCCAAUGGGAUGACUCUAUUAUUCAAUCAGCACUUCCACUGCUUCCAGGCCAGUCUUUCUCGCUGCCAUUGAGAACCUACGGACGUCCAUACACACCUGGUAACCAACUAAAUAUUACAUACUAUCAAAACCAAGUCAACAACAACAGCAGCAGCAGCAGUACUAAUAAUCUUGGUACUAUUUCAAGCAUUGAGAAUGCAUUGAAUAAUAGUAGUAUUGGUAAUGGCGGUAGCAACAACAAUCAUCUAUAUCAAAGAAAGAUAGUUGUACCGUUGCAAUUGGAUCUACAUCCCGGACCUGAAAUAACAAACUUUGAUAUCAUAUUCACCUCCUUAAAGUCAUUGAAGCAAUUGGAAUCAUUUGUAACUUACAAACAACAAAACAAUCAACAAAAUAGUAGUAGUAAAUCAACAAAUAAUAACAUUCACAAUCUUAUAGAUCAUUUCGAUUCAAUCGAUCUAAAUAAUAGAGAUAACAAUAGUAAUAAUCAUAUCAAUCAUAAUCAUAAUCAUAAUCAUAAUCAUAAUAAUAAUAAUAAUAAUAAUAAUAAUAAUAAUAAUAAUGAUAUAAGUAAUGAUUAUUGUUUGUUAGUAUUUGAAAUAAGAAAUAAUAGUUCAACACAUGCAUUCACUAUGACCUAUAACAACUUGUUGCCACAGUAUGACAUUGCAUUCAACAAUACAACAUUUAAACUUCCACCGAUUUCAGUCAUCAACAUCUAUGUACCAAUGAAGAGAGAACCAUUCCCUGAUACACUACCACAAAUUAGACAAGCAAGAGGUCAAUAUAUUAAACCAAAGAAGAAAUUAACUGAACAUGAAGAAUAUUUAAAUAGAUUAAUUCAAUAUUAUAAAGAUAUGUUUAUAAAGAAUAUUAAAUUAACAUGGGUAUCUUCUGAUCAUACCUAUGGUAAUUUGAUAUUGAAUGGUAUUACAUUAACACCAAAGAUGAUAUACAAGUUAAAUGUUGAUCCUUUGACCGUUGAAUUCAAAGAUCGUGCUUUAUUCAAGAUAUUCGAACUCGGUGUAUUCCAGACCAUCGAUAUUGUUGUAACAAACACUAGCAACUCUACCAUUACCAGCUUGAUUUUGCAUAUCCAACCAACACUUGAAAAAGACUAUACCGGUGAUCAACACAGUCCAACUACAAUUCUCAACGAGAAGAUUGGUUAUGUUGGUUCACUUACCAUUCCCAUUAAAGAGAAUCAUCUUGGAUGA